UCCAGUCCGUCCCAGCCGCCGCCACCGCCGCCACCCGCCUUCGCCCCGCCCCGUCCGCGCCGCGUGUCCGCGGGGCCCACUUCUCUCGGGAGCCCCCACCCAGGCGCAUGGCUCCAUGAAGCGGGAGGAGGAGGCAGAGCGCGAGAGGUCCCGUCCGCCCCGGCCGCGUCUGGGCCAGGAGAAAAGGUACAGGAAGAAGGAAUGGAAUCGGAAGGAAGAAAAUUCAUUCCCGAGGCAAAGUAGCUCCCCUCCUCUGUUGUAGCUGCUCCUCUGGUAAUACAGACUUUCUGCUUUCAGGUUCUGCAGCAUUCCAGGCCUCGAACAUCGCAUCAGGAUGGGAAAAAGACGUUGUGUUCCUCCACUCGAGCCCAAGUUGGCAGCAGGCUGUUGUGGGGUCAAGAAACCCAAGCUAUCUGGAAGUGGAACGCACAGUCACGGGAAUCAGUCCACAACUGUUCCCGGCUCUAGUUCAGGACCUCUUCAAAACCACCAGCAUGUGGACAGCAGCAGUGGACGGGAGAACGUAUCGGACUUAACUCUGGGGCCUGGAAACUCUCCCAUCACACGAAUGAAUCCCGCAUCGGGAGCUCUGAGCCCUCUCCCCCGGCCCAAUGGAACUGCCAACACCACGAAGAAUCUGGUGGUGACCGCAGAGAUGUGCUGCUACUGCUUUGAUGUACUCUACUGUCACCUCUAUGGCUUCCCACAGCCUCGACUCCCUAGAUUCACCAAUGACCCCUAUCCACUCUUUGUGACAUGGAAGACAGGGCGGGACAAGCGGCUUCGUGGCUGCAUUGGAACCUUCUCAGCCAUGAAUCUUCACUCAGGACUCAGGGAAUACACGUUAACCAGUGCACUUAAGGACAGCCGAUUUCCCCCCCUGACCCGAGAGGAGCUGCCUAAACUUUUCUGCUCUGUCUCCCUCCUUACUAACUUUGAGGAUGCCAGUGAUUACCUGGACUGGGAGGUAGGGGUCCAUGGGAUUCGAAUUGAAUUCAUCAAUGAAAAAGGCGUCAAGCGUACAGCCACAUAUUUACCUGAGGUUGCUAAGGAACAAGACUGGGAUCAGAUCCAGACAAUAGACUCCUUGCUCAGGAAAGGUGGCUUUAAGGCUCCCAUCACCAGUGAAUUCAGAAAAACGAUCAAGCUCACCAGGUAUCGGAGCGAGAAGGUGACAAUCAGUUACGCGGAGUACAUCGCGUCUCGACAGCACUGUUUCCAGAAUGGCACUCUUCAUUCCCCGCCCCUCUACAAUCAUUACUCCUGACACACGGCUGCAUGACCAGUCCCACCCCCCUGUGGCCACCAAUGGCUAUGACAUCAUUGGAGCAGAUGCCUCCUCUUCCUGGUCCAGUUACUUCUAUUACUGCACCAUUUUAUGAUGCUAGCUUCCGUUGCCAAGUCUGCCUCCCACUGACUGAGGGGGUGGGGUUACACUGAAUGAAGCAGAACUUUGAGGGGCCCAA